UUUAUUACAGACAUGACUUUGAGUACAUGUGCCGACAACUCAACAUGGAGGAUUCCUCGGCAGAAAUUAUGGCACAGAUUGGUCUGGUUACAGACAGUCGGAUCUCCUUCCAGGAUUUUAUACAGUCCCGAUCACAGAUUCUGGCAGACUCGGACCCCGGUCAGUACAUGGACGAUACCGGGAUAGAGUCUGACCACAGUGGCCUGGUCAAACAGCCUCAGGCCAAUAUCACCUCAUGGCCGACGAUGAGCAGCGACAGUUUUGGAGCACACUCGGGUAAACCCGACAGUGUCGACUAUGACAGUGGAGCACGAGAUAUGAGCCCAGAACCACCUUCUCUCCAAGCCUUGAUGGAAACCCACGACCCAAGUAUCGCCCAACAGGCGCACGGUGAUAGCAACACUAACGACAUGUUGGACCUCGCAAACCGA